AUGAAGUGCGCUUUCUCAUUGAGUUUCAACUUUGCUUUUGUUUUCCUACUUUUUCGUUGUUCAUUGAACUUGAACAACUUGCAUCAUUAUUGCUAUGAAGCUGCAAAUAGCGAUCCAAAUUUGAGCAAUGACUUUUGUGUAGCAUCCCUUGAAGCCAAUCCCAAGAGCAAUAAUGCAAGCCUUGAAGAAUUAGUGGAGAUCUCAACCAAGCUAGCUAUAUCAAACGUUACAAACAUUAGCUACUACAUUUCACAACUUUUGAAUGCCAAAAGUAUAGACAAAUACACUGCGGGUGCCUUACAAGAUUGCUUAGAACUUUACUCGGAUGCCAAUUCCACGUUACAUGAUUUCAUUCUUGAUUUGAAGUCCAAAGCUUAUUUCAAAGCUAAUGUAGAUGUUAGUACCGCCAUGGAUUCUUCAAGUACUUGUGAGAAUGGUUUUAAGGAGAGGACAGGUGCGGUUUUUCCCUCAACAAAGGAGAAUGACACUUUUUUCCCGUUGACUGCAAUCAUAAUUGCUUUCAUCAACAUGUUAAGUCGAUCAUAA